GGAGGAGCAUCGUCUUUUAUCUCCAUUUUCGAGAACGGUGCCAGUGACGCCCGAGUCCUGUUUCUAAAAUACAAUGCCUGCAUGCAACAUUUUGGGAGGUUAAAAAAAAUUAACCAAUGUCUUGAUAUACUGCAGCGUUGAUCAACGGCACCUCGAAGUCCUCUAAUUUUGCAAGAGCGUGACGAGCAGUAUUUAGCCCUGCAGACGGCGAAGACAGCAGUAGGCAUGUUCGCGUCGCCGCAGUUGUCUAAGUAAUAGAGUUCGUCGCGGGUUGGCGCGACGGUGGUUCAACACCCCGCCUGUACGGACGGGAACUGGAUGGAGACGAAUAUUCUUUUUACAGUUUGUAGCUGAACGUUCACGCUGCCUCUCUUCCUUUCUGUAGAACUGAAAAUAUUUGAAACUUCUUAACUCCAUAAAACAACACUAACAGACCCUAAGCUUACAAUAGUAGCCGUUUCAAAGACAAAAAAACGUUUUAUCUUAGUCACGUGUACUGGGCUGCAGGCUCGCUCACGGAGGCGCUCCCGGGCACGUGGGGGGUAGAGAGAGGGGUCAGAAACCAGAGAGGAAGUGCAUUUAAAACCAGGAAGGGAAAUCACUUCUUUACACAAAGCGUGGUGGGGGGGGUGCAUCAAGCUGCCCCGCCGUGUUGUUUUAGCCAAUAACCUGGUUUCAAUGAAGAAGCAGCUGGAUGAAAACCUCAGAUCAAUUAUCCACUUACUCUCUCAUGUCGGCUGAAGACGUCGAAUGCUCCCCUCUACCUUUCAAGACUUCUUGCAUCUACCGAUAAACCCAAAUUAAAACCGAUGGCAUCCUCGCACGUCACCAUCCCUUCUACCCUCGUCAUUAGCAUUCACAACCUUUAAGGGUCGAUGCGUUGAUAAAGGUUCCACUUCAGCAACAUAUGAGCUCGAUCAAGGGUUCAGGCAAAUAUCUGAGCUCAGCUCGGGGGCAGCGGGCGCCAGCAAGCGGGCAGGCUGCAAGAGUCGGGCGUCCUGUGGGAUGAGUCCGGAGGGCAGCUAAAAAGAGAGCUACUGUAGAUCAGCAACAUCGCUUAGACCGCUGGGGGAAGUGUCACGUCCCAACGUAAACGAGCUUUUCUUAAUUGCCGCGCGGGGGCUGGUGUUAUCAAUCAGGUGGUGUCUGGGGUGUAGAGAAAAAAAGGGGCGAUUCUACCGCAACUGAACUGAAAGGGCAGAAUCUCUGCUGGGCGCCUGAGUUGCCGGAGCACACGGAAGCCAGAGGCGGCUGGGUCUUACCUGUUGAACCCCUGAGGAGUCACACAGCCUGAGGUUUGAGAACAGACCGUUAAGAUCUGUUCCACGCGACUGGCUGACAUAAGGGAUUCCUCCAUUUGGGGAAGAAACGCACCCCGAUGCAACUGGAUCACAUAAGGGUUAUGCACAGCGGAGCCCAGAUUCCCGACCGGAGCCUUUCGGAAUCCGCAGAUCGGAUCUGGGAAUAACCGUUGAGAGGAGGAGGAGUGCUGAAGCCAGGAUUUAAAAAACAAACAAACUCUGGUUUGGAAAUCUAACCGGGGAGAAGAGGAGACUGAGAAACAACCGAGACGGAUUUCAUGAAGGAAAUCCAAGUGAGAUUCCACUGAGACCCUUGGAGGGAUCGUUUUCGAAGCACCUCAGAAUCCUCUUUUUCUGCUCCAACUCUGCUCUCCGCCCGGGCAGCUGAGAAAGGGGAGCUGAGGGGUGAAGAUCCGAAGGCAGAAGACGAAUCGGUGCGAGAAGAAAGAAGCCAUGAACAAGGCCUGUAAUACCCAAUGUUUUAGCCCAACCCAGAGAUACCCAAGAUGGGCACACUGCUAGCCACCAUGCCAACGAAUCACCUGUGAUCAGCCUUCUCUUAAAAAGCGCCAACCCCACCCGCAUCAGCCCCCCAGUUUCACUCCCCCUUCCUCCUCACACAGCCCCCUCCCCUGUCCCCUCCCUGCUCCCUCUCUCUGUGCCCCUCACGUCAUACUGUAAUCCCAUCUAGACUCCUUCCCUGUUUGCCCUGCCUUUGACUCAUCCUCCUGCUGAAGCACAAGCCCCCCAUUAUGCCUAAAAGAUUCAGAAGCCCCUUCCUCCACCUUUCUGCCUCGGCUACCCCGGUCCUCCUCCUCCUGCUCCCCUCCCUCCUGCACCUGCCCCCUCCUGCUGGAGCUGACUGUUGGCUGAUCGAGGGGGACAAGGGCUACGUCUGGCUGGCCAUCUGCAGUCAGAACCAGCCCCCGUACGAGACCAUCCCACAGCACAUCAACAACACCGUGCACGACCUGCGGCUCAACGAGAACAAGCUGAAGGCCGUCUUCUUCAGCUCCCUGAGCCGCUUCACCAACCUCACCGACCUCAACCUCACCAAGAAUGAGAUCUCCUACAUCGAGGAUGGGGCCUUUGCAGGCCAGUCCAACCUCCAAGUCCUACAGCUGGGCUACAACAAGCUCACCAACCUGACCGAGGGCAUGCUGAGGGGGUUAGGGCGCAUGCAGUGUCUUUUUGUGCAGCACAACCUUAUUGAAGUCAUCUCGACCAAUGCUUUCUGGGAGUGUCCCAGUCUGACCAGCCUGGAUCUGUCAUCCAACAAACUGGCCCGCCUGGACCCUGCUACCUUUACUGGGCUCAGUCGGCUGAUGGUGUGCGAACUUGCCGGCAACCCCUUCCACUGCGGCUGUGACCUCUAUAGCUUCCUGACCUGGCUGGAAGCCUUUAAUAACGUGACCCACACCUAUGACCGACUGCAGUGUGAGACACCUCGUGAUUUCUUUGGGUACCCCUUGCUAAGCCCUUUGCCAGGACAUGGCCGGAAUGCAAGGACCAUGCUGGCUUCCGCUUGCCGGGAUGGGGUCAUGUCCAAAAUUUCUACCACUACCCCAGAUUUUGAGGGUUCUGGGAGUAGUUAUAUAACAGAGAGGACCUUUCAGGUCUUCACAACGCCCCCUUCAAGCAGUUCCCCCAACCUUACCCUUAAGGUUCAGCAAGUGUCACUCUCAUCUGCCUCCCUCCUGGUCCAUAUCCCCAAGCCCUACAGCAAGAUGUACAUCCUGGUGCAGUACAACAACAGCUACGUCUCUGACGUGAUGAACCUAAAGAAGGCAAAGGAGAUCAUCACCCUGAACAAGCUCAAGGCACAUACCAACUACACCUUCUGUGUGGCCUCCAUUCGCAACCAGCAGCGAUUUAACCACACCUGCGUCUUCUUCUCCACUCGCCUGCCAAGUCCAGAUGACAUGCGGCCCAGUCCUUCUACCACCACACACUACAUUAUGACCAUACUGGGCUGCCUCUUUGGGAUGGUCAUUGUGCUGGGGCUGGUCUACUACUGCCUGCGCAAGCGCCGCAUGCAGGAGGAGAAACAGAAGUCCAUCAGCGUCAAAAAGACAAUCUUAGAGAUGAGAUACGGACCAGAGGCUGUAGCAGCUGUCGCUGCGGCAGCAUCGGGUGACCCCUCGGCCAUGCAGAAGCUCCAUGACCAAGUGCACCAUCAACACCAUCAUGGCAAGAUCCCCGCCUCCUCUUCUGCGAGCUCUGGGAUGCACCAGGGGUCGGGCAACACCUGCUCGUCCCGACUCUCCGCCAUCCCCCAAGCUGAGAAGAUGGCCUCGGCUUUCUCUGAGGCCAUGGCCGCUACAAAGGGCAACUACAUGGAUGUGCGGACUUCUGGGUCUGGGGAGGGGUCGGAGAGGAGAGGAGGGGGGGGAGCAGCAGGGGGCAUGGGGGAGGAUGACCCACGGGAAGAUGAGGGAACCGAUCCCGGGGAGGACUCGGAAGAGGACGGCCAGGGUUCGGCCUCCGAGAUCUCCACCAUCGCAAAGGAGGUGGACAAAGUCAACCAGAUCAUCAACAACUGCAUCGAUGCACUCAAGCUGGACUCGGUGGCCGUGGCGGCGGCGGCGGCGGCGGCGGCGGCGGCAGCCUCAGGCCCCCCAGGUGCCACGUCCCCCCCACCCCAGCUGCCUCCGUGCUCCUCCUCUUCCUCAACCCGCGGGCUGAUCCCGGUCUCCUCCAGCAUGUCGGAAGCCUGUCACUCCGGCCAGAUCAUCGCCUCCCCAAAGCUUCCCCCUCCACCCAUGGCUCCUCUGGUCCUCCCGCUCUCAGAGCGUGUGGGCAUCAGUGGCGGGGGCUUCCUCUCACCGCCUUACCGGGACCCCCCUCCUGCCUCCUCCUCAUCAAGGCCCCUCCAGAGGCAGCUGAGUGCCGACGCAGCGGUCGUGGUCCUGGGAUCGGUCAAGAAGCGUUGCAGCGUCUCCUCCAGCGGGUCCAUCAAGAGUGCCCGGGUCUUCAGCCUGGAUGUGCCUGAACCCCGCAGCCCCGAUUCCUGCAAGUACACCGAAAAAGGGAGUCCUCUGGGCUGUGGGGAGCCCCUGGAGAAGUUGCCUCUUGUGGGGGGGAGCGGGGGAGGGGGAGGGAGCUCCGGGGCUGGCAUCCAGCAGCACCUGGAGGUGGGGCCAGCCUACCACUGCUCGGAGCACCGCCAUUCCUUCCCUGCGCUCUACUACGAGGGCUCCUCCGAUUCCCCCUCCUCCCAGAAGGCCUCUUUCCUCAAGCCCCUGACACGCUCCAAACGGGACGCGGCCUCCUACUCUCAGCUCUCGCCCCGACAUCACUACUCUGGUUACUCCUCCAGCCCCGAGUACUCCUCUGAGAGCACCCUGAAGAUCUGGGAGCGCUUCCGCCCCUACAGGAAGAGCCCCCGGGAAGAGGCGUCCUACGUGGCGGCGGGGCAUGCGCUGCGCAAGAAAGUCCAGUUUGCCAAGGAUGAGGAUCUGCAUGACAUCCUGGAUUACUGGAAGGGGGUGUCGGCUCAACAGAAGCUGUAAUGGGGAGGAGGAGUGGAGGGGGUGGGGCUGUUUCCAAGAAGGAAAGGAGCCGAUAGAGACCCUUUCUUAGACAAAAGCGGGGAGGCAGUGGAGGAACAAGGUCAGGUGUGUGUAGGGACAACAGGGAGGUACAGAACAGUCCCACCAAACAUAUCCUUCAAGAGCGUAAAUACCCAUGGGCACAUGUCCAACACUAAGGGACCAUAUUCCCAGAAGUCCAAUCUCUGUGGGUCACUCAUGAUAAAUUUACUACCAUGCUUCAUUUGCUGCUUCUUUUCCUUUCUGUGUUUCUCUCCCUAAUUAGACAAAACUCAAGGACCUUAUGAAACAUCCCAUAAACGGCCCAGAAUACCCCUUUAAGAGUAUCCCCGCGGACGAGGUUUGAACAUGCUAACAAUUUGAAAGAAUUAGGGAUGACUUCAUUCAAGUUCCAGCUCAAGGUUGCAGAGACAUCUCAAGAGCUUCCUCUGACAAAGACGAAAGGUGUGGUUUUUGAUCAGAUGGGCUAACAGCUCAAGGGCCCAGGGAGGUAUAGUGUUCCUUACGUUUUCGUAUGGUGUUCAAAGUAUUAGGAGAUUUGAAAGAAAUGGGAGAGCAAAUUGAGCAUGGUGGAAAAAGUUUUUUUUUUCUAAAUGUGGUGAAAGCCCAGGGGUUGCUAUUGGUAAAUACACAUCAGGUUGUCCGUAGUCAACAAAGACAGGAACUGGUAGGCUUGUGCAAAUUUCCAGUGUGGGCGCCAUUGCCGCCUAUAGGAUUGAGUUGACAAAUCCCAACCCAAACCAAAACCAAAGAUCUCUUCCUGUCCUUUUCAUUGAAUUCUGCUCUUUAAAAAUAAUGACAAAUGCACAAAAGGAUGUCGCUUCCCAGAGUAGAGGAAGUCAGUGCUGUUCUGCUAAGUCUGAGAAGCUAAAUCAACCUCCAACCUGGCCCCCUUACAGAAAACCCUAGGCAGAGAGAGCCAUACCUGAACUAGACGGGAAAGAUGAGACGGCUGUUGAUGGUGGUAAAUUCACUUCUCUUUGUUUUAUGGGACCACGUCUGUGAUUUGUUUAUCCGUUGUAUCUUGAGGUUUUGCCUUGCUUUCCCUGUGCUUUACAGCAUCCUGGUUUGCCGUUAUAAAUACCGAUGAGGCCCGUGCGACACUCGUGUACUGGUUUCGCAGUAAAAGCAUGGUACACCCCACAAGAGAAAUCGGCAAAAGCAAAGCAAAUUGAUGGAAAAUCUACUAUAAAGAAAAGCCGUGCCUGAAGCUGGCAAUUUACCACCCCAUACAACCCAUUACCUGGGUUAACCUCCUGCCUAUAUGAGAGAGUGCAGUGAUGCAGCAGUUCAUUAGUUACUAUUAUAGGUUGGGGCUUCACUGAUGGAGCCUUCCUCAUUUGAGGCAUGAAGAGCUACAUGCGCGAAAGCCACCCGUCUAACUCAUUUGCGCUUUUGAGAACGGCCUAAUUCUGCAUCCUAUAUAAAGCCACACAACGAAAACAACCCAGACACAAAUUGAAAAAACGAGAUUUUUUUUUUUAUAGGUCAGACUUUCAUUUGCAGCCAGCUCCUUUAGCAAAUUAAUUAGCAAUUAGCUGAGCGGGUGCCCCCAAGGGAUGCUGAUGCAAUUAACACUUCCAGAUUUGAUCAAAAUUAAUCGGGUUCUCACCUCCAGAUUUUCCCAAUUUCACCUUUAGGAACUGUCACAAAGCAGAUUUCAUCUCUGCUGUUUUCCUCCUUAUUUGUCCUGGGUUGCAUUACAUGUGUGCUUUACAGUUCUCCGACAUUGAUUUUGCGACCUGCCCACAUAACACAUGAAGACGGGAUGGAAUUCUGUAAAUAUACCUCUUUUGCAGCCAGUGAGUUUGCACAUUGAAAAGCCAGUUAAGCAAGUUUACUUUUCAAUUCUAUCUCCAAUGCGCUUAAAUCCACAUUUCUGGUGAGGUGCUGAUCACCUGAAGCUUCUCAAAGGGAAGAUUUCAGAGAAGUAAUUGCAGGGAGUAAAAACUGGGAGAUUUGUUUUCCUAAACCUGCAAUCGUACCUCAGGGAAGAGCUCUACCCAAGGAAGGAUGUAGUCAGGGAAGCAGGGGUAGGAUGUCUGACAUCCCAGACUAAAGAUUUCCCAUUUCUGGGUCUUCUCCCAUAUAAAAAUAAGUAGAUUAAGUUCAGGGACACCAUGCUGACAAAAUUGUUAAAUUCGUUGUGUGAUCUAAAGAGUCAAGAGGAAUUUUUGGACGUCCCUAGAAUUAGCUUCAUUUUAUAGCGAGUUUUUGCUCUCUCUUCUUUGCUCUUCCAUGCCCAGUGAGCAGCUAAUCAGCAAGGUCACCUGUGAGAUGAGAGAGGCACGGCUGGGAGUCUUUGUGAGCUUCAGGGCUCGGGUUGAAUUAAGGGAAAAUGAAGAGUACAGCUCAAGGCAAGGAAGAUUGCACAAGCCAACUACGAUAUAAACAACUCUCUGUAGGCAAACGGCACUGAUGCACGACAUGGGAAGAGACUGCAAACUCCGCUCUCCUUCAAAUAGAGGUGUACAGGUAGAGCUACCAGCCUUUGACAGUGUCCUCGCUUGGCAAACAUGCGAGCAAACCCUGCCGUCAAUAUGUGAUGGCAAAUUUUCCAGUUUGUCAGAUUACUGCUGACAGGAUCGGCAGUUUCACGGCCAUUUGAAAUUGCAAAGAAGAGUGUAAUACCCAGUUUGUGCCCUGAGAGAUUCCUUCGCAUAAACGGAGGCAGGGAUGUUAAAUAAUGGUGACACUCUGAAAGAUUCAUAGCCUCUCUCUGCCUCUUUAGGCGAGAGCACGAUUGCCUCACUAGGCAACCAGCUACUAUUGAUAACAGUAAUUCCCCGCAAUAAUUUGUCAAAGCGAACACCCACCCUUGAACCUCGCCAGCUUCCUGAUUAAAUCUCAAACAUCUGAAGUUGACGCAAAGAGUCCUCGGCUAUUUUCUCACCUGAACAUCUCUUAAAGAGGAGCCACUCUCUCCAGCUGUAAGGAAGGGUUAGUUCUGCCUGGUUUUGCAAAGUGGAGACAUUCUUUCCAAAGGCGUGCUUAUUGCUUCACGAAAGGAAUUAGCCAGAGAAACAGACCGUGGGUUUGCCUUGGGGAUAGAGGUGAAUGGGGGGAGAGAGGGGGUUGUUUAUGCACUGGUUUUGCUUUAGGCUCAGGGAAAAGAGCUUCGCAGCGCUCAGAAAGCAGAUCUGGGAAGGAAUUCCUGCCAAGAGCAGGUGGCCCUACGUGGUCAUAUCUCUUUUUAUUUACUGGGGGGGAUCAUUUGAGCCCUGGAUACACCUGCCCUGGGACUAGAUUCAAUCACAACUUUGACCCCACCCCACCCCACCCCUCGGCCAGUCCUAAACUGCCAAACACACCGUCACCGCCGCUAGUCAGGAUGUGGGCUUUGGGAAUUUGCUUCCCGGCAGGCGGAUCAAAGCUUUGAUUCGAUCCGGUUCCUAGUUCCUCCACUCGGCCACAGCGCCAGAGCAACUGACCAGUCCGGCCACCCCACCGUUAAACCUGUGCUGCCAAAGGUCCUCUUCUCAAGAUCUACAGGCCUCCAGCUCCUCCACUGGGAAAGAUACUGGGGGGCGAGGGGGUGGUGGUGGGAAGGGCUGUAUUCAAGCUGAACAGGGGCGUACGAGAGGCGAACACCAGGACCGGACCCGCUAUGCCGCUGUGGCUCUGGGGGGGGACGGGUGCUGGCAUUUGGCAGCUUGGCGCGGUAGCCACUGCGCGGACUGGGGCCCUUCCUGCCGCCUCCCUGCAAGGGUCGCCCGCGGCUCCCAUCAGCCCCGGCGAGGCACCACAGCGGGUUUCUCGGGUCCGCGCCUCCACGUCGAGGAACCCCGAUCCGCGUGCGCAAGAUGAACCCCCCCCCCUCCCAGCUCGAGAACAAGCUGCACCGCGCCGGCGGGGCCGCCCAAACGAGCAGGAUUCAUCUCCUCUGUGGCCUUUUGUGUGCUCUUAACCGAGCGAAUCGGCUUCUCCUCCUGUAUCUUUACCCACGAUCUUAAAAGGAGCUGUUGUUGGUGGAGAAACCAGGCUCCGAUCGCUGCUACAGACUCGUUGCCAGCCUUUUUCAUCGCGAACGGCUGCCAAUGUAUUCCUGGCAGGAUCGCUAGCAAUUUCACAGCGCUUCAAAGUGUUAUUUCUUUGUUUUUUUGCUGGGCAAAGAGGUGCGCAGAGAGCCUUUCCAUUUGAAAGCAAAACUGAGGAUUUUUAAUUGCAGUUCAGUACAGCCAUCAUCAUCAUCAUCAUCAUCAACAGACCGGUCUAAGCUGUUUUGAGACCUGUCUUGUUCACUGCGCUGUGGUACCCCAGGUGUUAUUCCUAGGCGUCUCUAUGGCCUACUACAGAAUAUGCCUGACGUAAGCGCACCCCAACAGCCUCGCGUGUAGAUUUCGGAAUACAACAGCAAUUCCUAGCCAUUGCAGGUAACGAUUCAAUGUUUUAUAUAGGGCCGUUAAAAGCAUCUUAUCCGAGCACUUUACAGGAAGAGUAAAAAAAAAAACGUUUAAAACAGACAAAAACAGUAACAAUGACAAAAUUAGCACAUAGAAACACAAAGGCUCCGAAAUGCUGUAGAAGAGGCAGGCAGCAGACACAGUCGCCAAUUAAGAAUGACCUUCUGGACAGAAAGAUUUGGGGCCCGGAUCUGAAAGCGCUCAGGGAAAGUGAUUCCAAUAUCCUUAGGGCCAGAAUUCCAUAGCUUUGAGGCACAGCAGGAAGAGGGCCUGUCACCCCUAGAGUGACCCACGGUCACACUGAGUAAAGGCGGAUCUACAGUACGCCUCUCCCGCCUGUCGUAUCCUACGCAGCGGGUGAUCUACCCUGACCGCGUCGGGGAAGCGCGGCCUGUUCCACUUCUCCCUUGGUUGUCCAAGUGUGGAGUCAAACGCCAAACCCAACUAGAUGACAAUGCAGUAGGGUGUGACACUACUCCUAAACCAAAGCACGUGCAGUAUUACAAGAUACACACAGUGCUGGACGUCCGUGUGGUGCUGCCAUCUGUGUUUAGUCUUGGCUGUUGAUCGCAUCACUUCCCUUGUAGAAAGCCCAGUAGCAGUGUGACCUACUCCAUGAAGGUAACAGUGCAGCAGUAUGGUGUACUUCAGGUGCAACACUACCAGAAGAUAAUUAUACUGUUAGCUUUACACUUUAGCUCCACUCCAUGAGUUACGUAGGUCAUGAAAUACGAUGCUCACCCUGUGGGCUGCUGGAUGAAGGAUCGCGGACUUUAAACGCGUCCUGCCUUGCUCGAUUCAAACGAUUCUUGAAUGACGAUUUUUCCACCUCUUCGGAAGGCGAAGCCGGAAGGGAGACGCGGUGUGAUACCGCGUCGCUCACCUGGGCUCCUGGGCUCGUCAGCCUGUCGGGUUGGGAUAAUCAGCGUUGUUCUCGCUCCGUUUAACGUAACGGGAUGCAGAGACCCCCCGCGCUGCGCAAGCCGUCAGGGUAGAUUUGCUGACGUCAGACGCAAUCUUUUAAUACAAAGCCCGUACUUUAAUGAGGAGCAACCAUAACGACAAAAAAAAAACAACGUUUGGCAACUCCGAGACCACAAUAGGAUAAAAAGUCACUAGGAACAAGUCAUAGGUUUAUUCCCUGCUGGAAA